AUGGCCAGUACCACCCACGCGUACGGUACGCAGUCAGAUGCGUAUGCCGCCGAGAACGAUGUCAUUCCUCGCACUUCUGAGAAGGGGAGGAAGGUUAGCCUUGGCAAGGCCCCUUCUGAGGGUGCUCUGAACGAUUCCGACGAUCUUCUGGCGGCCAUGGGCUACAAGGCCGAACUUGUACGCUCAAGAUCGACUCUCCAGGUUGCUUUCAUGUCCUUCGUUCUGGCCUCUAUCCCCUACGGAUUGGCCACUACGCUCUACUACCCGGUCGUCAACGGUGGUCCCGUUACCAUUAUCUGGGGAUGGCUUGCGGUAUCUCUGAUUAUCCUCUGCGUUGCAGCAUCGCUAGGAGAAAUCACCAGUGUCUACCCUACCAGCGGUGGUGUCUACUACCAGACUUUCAUGUUGGCGGCUCCUUCUUACCGAAAGAUCGCCUCAUGGAUUUGUGGUUGGUGCUUCGUCGUCGGCAACAUAACGAUUACUCUUUCCGUCAACUUCGCUACUGCUCUCUUCUACGUGGCAUGUAUCAAUGUGUUCACCGAUGCAGAAGGAAACGGCAUCUUCGCAGGCACAACAUGGCAGGUCUACCUGAUCUUCCUUGGUGUCACACUUUUGUGUAACAUCGUUUGUGUCACUUCGAACAAGUGGCUCCCAUGGCUCGAUACCUUUGCCAUUUUCUGGACUUUUGCCGGUGUCAUCGCCAUUGUCGUGUGCGUGCUUGCCAUUGCGAAAAACGGACGCCACAGCGCCGAUUACGUCUUCACCACCCUCGACACCUCUAGCUCUGGAUGGGUUCCCGGAUGGUCGUUCAUGGUCGGACUUCUCCACGCAGCCUACGCAACCUCCUCGACCGGAAUGAUUGUCUCUAUGUGCGAAGAGGUUCGUCACCCUGCGACCCAGGUUCCCAAGGCUAUGGUUGGCACCAUUGUCCUAAACACUAUCUGCGGUCUCAUCUUCCUCAUUCCCCUCGUUUUCGUCUUGCCCGACCAGGCUUACCUCGCUGGACUCCUGUCCGGUCAGCCAACCCCUGCCAUCAUUGUGGACGCCGUGGGCUCUUCAGGCGGUGCCAUCGGCCUGCUGCUCCCGCUCAUGGUCCUCGGCCUGUUCUGCGGUAUCGGCUGCACGACUGCCUCGUCCCGCGCCAUCUACGCCUUCGCUCGUGAUGGUGGUAUCCCUGGUUACAAGAUGUGGAGGGUCGUUAAUACCAAGUUCGAUGUACCCGUCAACGCUAUGAUGAUGAGCAUGGUUGUUCAGCUUGCGCUCGGUCUCAUCUACUUCGGUGCUGCAGCCGCUUUCAACGCUUUCUCUGGCGUUGGUGUCAUUUGCUUGACACUCAGCUACGCUGCACCUAUCAUAUGCUCUCUGCUCGGCGGUCGCAAGCAGGUCGUUGAGGGCCAAUUCUACCUCGGCAAGCUUGGUCUGUUUUGCAACUUUGUUGCCAUCGCCUGGUCUGCCCUUGCGACACCCCUCUUCUGCAUGCCUACUUACCUUCCCGUCACCCCUACCUCGAUGAACUACGCUUCCGUCGUUCUUGCUGCCGUCAUCCUCGUCUCUACCGUCUGGUACUUCGUCUGGGGUAAGGCCAACUACGAGGGUCCCCCAACACAUGAGGACGCCGUUCUCGAGGCCAGGAGGGCCAGCUUCGUCAGCACUCACAGCAAAUAA